AUGGAUUAUGUGCUGAGCGCGGCGCUGCGCGGGCCGCCGGCCGCCGAGGUGAGCGCCGCCUUUCUGUCCCUCACGUUGGACGCCAGCCUGGCCGCCGCGCCGCAGUAUAUCGCGCUGCUCGGCAAUCACAAGCUGCGCACCUUAGCCAAAGGAUUGUCUCCAGGCUUCUUGAGAUUUGGUGGCACCAACACAGACUUCCUGAUCUUUGACCCAACAAAGGAUUCCACUUUAGAAGAGAGAGAGCUUUGGGAACUGCAGGGAAAUCAAG